AUUAUUAUACUCCAUAUAUGCGCUACUUAAAUCAAGUUUUAUUUAAAAUAUUUUAAUGAUGUAUUAAUUUAAUAUUGCAACUCGUAAUAAAUAAAUAUUUUGCCAUGUGGCUUAUACAUCGCGCUAAACGCUUAGCUAAAUUAUCAAAUGUUAAUUCCUUAAAAGCUAGAUGCAAAUGUGAUGUACCCAGCACUAGAUUAAAGGAUAAAAUUAAGAAUGGUCCUGAUCUGAAGUAUUUUAUCACAUCUUCAAAUGGUAUAUCUGAACCUGUUGAACCUACUCGUAUUCCCUAUCUUCCAGACAACAUAAAUUUUUCAACAGCAAGAAGAAAGGUCUAUUUUGAUGUGUAUGGAUGUCAGAUGAAUUUAAAUGAUAUAGAAAUUGUCUGGUCGAUUUUAAAAAAAGAAGGUUUUGAACGAACAGAAAUUGAAGAAGAGGCGGAUAUAUUUCUCGUUAUGACAUGUGCUAUAAGAGAGGGUGCUGAAAAUAAAAUAUGGUAUAGACUAGAUCAUCUGCGGGGCUUUAAAAGACGAAGAGCAAACUCUAAGAAAAAAGAUAGUCCAGUGAAGAUUGGUAUAUUGGGUUGUAUGGCUGAACGACUAAAAGAGAAGCUCAUUGAGAAAGAAAAAGCAGUUGAUGUAGUUGCAGGACCAGACAGUUACAGAGAUCUGCCCAGAUUGUUAGCACAAACAGACAGUGGGCAAACAGCAGUCAAUGUUCUACUGUCCCUGGACGAGACCUAUGCUGAUGUGGUUCCUGUGAGGUUGAACCAGGAUAGCGUUUCUGCUUUUAUCUCAAUAAUGCGCGGCUGUGACAAUAUGUGUACGUAUUGCAUCGUGCCGUUCACACGUGGCCGCGAGCGCUCGCGUGCCGCGGCGUCCGUCGUGGACGAGGUGCGUCAGCUGGCGGAGCAAGGCGUGCGCGAGGUGACUCUACUGGGCCAGAACGUGAACAGCUAUCGAGAUGUCACGCAGCCCGCAAACCUCACACAUACCAAAUUAGCUGAAGGUUUCAAAACAGUAUACAAAAGUAAGAAGGGUGGACUAAGGUUCGCGGAUCUAUUGGAUCAAGUCUCCUCCGUGGACCCUGAGAUGAGGAUACGAUUCACUGCUGCACAUCCCAAAGAUUUCCCUGAUGAGGUAUUGCAAGUGAUAUCCGAGCGCCCAAACAUAUGCAAGAUGCUCCACCUUCCUGCGCAGUCCGGGUCGAGCGCCGUGUUGGAGCGCAUGAGGCGAGGGUAUACGCGGGAGGCCUAUCUGCGACUAGUAGACCACGUGAAGGCGAGGAUUCCUGAAGUGGGCCUGUCGACUGACAUGAUCUGCGGGUUCUGCGGCGAGACGGAAGACGAGUUCCAGGAGACGCUAUCCCUGAUGGACCUCGUGGAUUACAACGUGGCCUUCCUGUUUCCCUACAGCAUGAGGGAGAAAACAGCCGCAUUUCGCCGCUACACAGACGACGUUCCCGACCACAUCAAGAAGGACCGUCACAACCGCAUGAUGGAGCUCUACCGGAAGAAAUGUCAAAUACUGAACGAUAAAGAAGUUGGCAACACUCACCUCGUGCUCGUCGAGGGAAUAGACAAGAAAACCGGGAGAUUUAUGGGGAGAAAUGAGUUCUACCUGAAAGUAGUGUUCGAUGAAGUAGAGUUGCCAUGUGGCGAGGGCAGGCGUGAGGUGAAGCCGGGGGAUUACGUUAGUGUCCGGAUUGACGAAGCGAGAUUAUCUGUGCUAAAGGGGACAGCGUUAAGAGUUACUAGUAUUGGGGAGUUCUACCGGGAUCUCGGAUGGGCUGAUAGGAAACUAUUGCGGAAUUAGAUUAUUAGAUUGCAAUUUCAGAUUACUAGAGGUAGACUUACCAUCUAUAGACAAAAAAACCGUCCAAGAGACAAGAAUAUCUCUAGCGUAGAUACAGUAAGAUAGUCAAAGUCAAAUAAACUUUAUUCAAUUAGGCUUAAACUAAUCGAUUUUGAAUUGUCACUACAAAUAUUUCUUUUGAAUUACUGAAUUUACCAUAUGUAUGUGAAAAGUUGAGCUCGUGAGAAGAGCAUACAAGAAACUCAACGUCUACUCUUUUUAAGUCAAAUAGAGUAUUUUACAAUAUCAAAACAUUAAGGUAAAACAGGAAAGCGAAUCUAUUGUUAUUCUAACCCAUUUUGAUGAAAAAGUCGUCAGUCACGCUUGGAUUUAGCUCCUUAAUAUGUUGAAUAUUAAGCCACUAGCACACAUUUAAAAUCAGUCGCGUAUUAUCAGGCUGACAGGUUUUUAAUGACAGUAAGGUACGAGACGAGCGGAAUGUUCAACUGAUGGUAAUUGAUACACCCUGCCCAUUAAAAUGCAGUGCCGCUUAGUAUUCUUGAAAACCCCAACGGCCUUACAAAUAAACUUGGUAUAAAGUUAUAACUGAUGAUAAUCGAAGAAAAUGCAAAAUGUUUACAAUAUCGUUGACAACACUGUCAAUACAAUGAUAAUUCUGAAGUUUUCCUAAUGACAAGCAGCCUUGCAAAUAAACGCGGGAAACGUUAUACGUCCGAAUAAACCAUUCGUAAGCAAAAUGUCUAUUUGUAAACAUUUUACAUAUUCUUGGUUUAUGCUUAGUUAUAACUAUAUGCCAAUUUUAUUUGUAAGGCCGCAAAUGUUUUAAGCGGCCGCGGCACUACAAUAGCGCGUCACCUUGAGACAUAAGAUGUUAAGUCUCAUUUGCCCACUAAUUUUACUAGCGACGGCGCCCUUCAGUCCCAAACACAGUAAUGAUUGCUCACUACUGCAGGUUCUCUAUACGCAAGUAUAUACUGCGCCCGUCGUAGAAUAAGCGCGUCUUUUUGCAAAAAAAUACAUCACACUGUUAGUGAUUCAACUUAUUUAUUAUACUUUUAACUUAAGCAAGAGUAUACGCAUCACCUGAUUGUGAUGAAGUGAUCACCGCUGCCCACAAUCCUCUAGUAACACCAUAGGAAUGACAAGAGUGUUGCCGACCUUAUAAUUGAGAUUAAUUAUCUAAGAGCAUCAUUUUGUUUCUGAAGAGAGGAAAUAUUACAUUUAUAGAAAUAUUUUAUAUAUAUUGUUUUAAAUGUACAUUGAUUGUAAGUUAUGUUCCUAUAGAUGUGUGAAAUAAUAAACAAAAUUUAAUUAAA